GCUGGAGUGGCGCAUUGUGAGUAAUUCACAGUUAAAGUACGUACCGUUACAGACAAAGGUAUUCUAUUCGCAUUUGGGUAGAAGAUGGAAAAUCAAGUUUUUGAAUCAACAGCGGAGCGCACGUUUCAGUAUCAGAACUCCCUGCCUCCGCUGCCAUUGCCUUCAUUCGAGGAAUCUUUACACAAAUAUUUGGAUGCAGUGAAGCCAUUUUCAAGUAAAGAGGAUUUUAAGAAAACAUCAGAGCUAGUAAAGGAUUUCGGUAGAGGCGUUGGUAAAGAAUUACAUCAGAAAUUACUGAAGAGGGCUAGGGUUAAAAGAAAUUGGCUGGAGGAGUGGUGGCUGAACAGUGCUUACCUUGAAGUUCGCAUUCCAUCACAGCUCAAUAUGAACUUUGGAGGCCCUGCUCCCUACCUGGAACACUACUGGCCUCCCAAAGCAGGCACCCAGCUAGAGAGAACAAGCAUUGCUGUGUGGAACACGCUGCUGUACUGGGACCUCAUAAGGACUGAAAGGCUGGCUGUACAUAAGACAGGAAGCUCACCUUUAGAUAUGGACCAGUUCCGGUACCUGUACUGUACUUGUAAAGUUCCAGGAGUCACUAGAGAUGCUAUUAUCAACUACUUCAAGACCGAGAGUGAAGGACGGUGCCCUUCCCAUUUAGUGGUGAUGUGUCGGGGCCGAAUCUUUGCUUUUGAUGCUCUGCAUGAGGAUCAAAUUCUUAGUCCUCCAGAACUUCUCAGGCAAUUGGCAGUAAUCAGACCGAGGUGUGACAAUGAACCCAAUGGGGUUGGACUUCCUACUUUGACCACUGAGGAGCGAACCCGCUGGGCUCAAGCACGGCAGUAUCUCAUUGAACUGGACCCAAAGAAUCUGACUUUACUUGAAACAAUUCAGAGCAGUUUGUUUGUGGUGUCUCUAGAUGAUGUCACCCCUUAUUCAACACCUGACAAUUAUACCCAGAUGGCUUCAGUAGCGCUGACUGGAGAUCCAACUAUACGCUGGGGAGACAAAUCCUACAACUUUCUCUGCUAUGCUGAUGGUUCUUUUGGUUCAAACUGUGAUCAUGCACCAUUUGAUGCCAUGGUAAUAGUAUCAAUGUGCUAUUACAUUGAUCAGAAAUUAAAAGCAAAUGAAGGCAGGUGGGAGGGUUCACAGGUGGUGAGGGACAUCGCCCAGCCAGAGGAGCUUGUAUUUGCUGUGGAUGAGAAGGUGCUUCAGGAUAUUGAGAUAGCUAAGCUGCAGUAUCACGAUAAGGCUCAGGACUUGCAGGUAGUAUCCUGUGCAUUCACUUCCUUUGGCAAAGCUGCAGUUAAGAAAAAGAAGGUUCAUCCAGACACAUUUGUCCAGCUGGCCCUUCAGUUGUCCUACUAUCGGCUUCAUGGAAAGCCAGGGAGCUGUUAUGAGACGGCAACCACCAGGCAGUUCUAUCAUGGGCGCACAGAAACUAUGAGGCCCUGUACCGAGGAGUCAGUAAUGUGGUGCAAGGCCAUGCUAGAUCCUGCACUGAACGCCAGGAAGAGACGACAGAGAUUGCUCAGUGCUGUUGCAAAGCACAAAAUGGGAAAGGUUUUGAUAGACAUCUUCUUGGGAUGUAUCUUAUUGCACGCGAAGAGGGUCUUCCAGUCCAUGGCCUCUACAGUGACCCUGCUUACACUAAAAGGUAAUGUUUCUACCAGAGUCCAAAUGCCAUUCAUUAUUGAUUAUAAAUCAACCAGUGACAGUGAUAUAUUAUAGAUUUCUGCCUGUACUGCAUGUCAAAGUUUCAUUUUUGCUAUAUCUUGGGAACGUUUCAUCCAAUAGUGACCAUCCUUAUCUGAUCUAUUUCUGGCAUCUUCAGAAUAGCGGUGAAACAGAUUUAAAUGUUUAAGUAUGUACAUGAAAGUAAAAUGUGUAAGGCUGUAACAUUGUACAAACCAUUUAAGCAACAAUGUACCUUGUAUUUAUUAAAUAAUAAACAUGAUAUAACCCAGCUGUGGCAGGGACAGGGUUAAUGCCUCUGCCAGCAACCACAGGUGUGGCCACUGUCCAGUUGGUGCUAACUGGGGAGUGACCACCUGCAUCAAAGCAGGCAGAAAGCUUUAUGUUGGGGAGAGGUGUAGGUGAGUUUGUAACAUUUUUUUAAUUAUUUCUGUGUUGCCAUAUUGUAAA